AUGUUUACAAGCAAAGUAGUUGAUAAUGCACGUGAAUCCCAUUUACAACAGCUUUAUCAGUAUUACAGAAUGGGCGUGUCCUGUUUACUGCUGAGUCCGACUCUCAGAUCAAUACUAGAACCAGCCCUCAGUAGCCCGUCUUUAGAAAUACCUGCUGCUGAGGGAGAAUUUAUGAGCGUUGCAGAUUUAGAUAUGUGUAGCUUCAAUGAAUUAUCUAAAACAGUUCAAUGUGCACGAGACAUAGUGGACUCUUAUCUUUAUCUAAAAUCAAUUAACACUCUAUCCCAGUCAUUACUCUCACCACACCAGUUGUUAACAUUACAGUACUGUACUGCUGAGACACUCGUUCGUUUAGCUUUUAUAAUCGUGAACAGUACUUCAUGUUGCACACAUAAAAAUAGCUAUAACUUAGAUACAAUAAUUUGUGGCAUGUUGAAAAUGGCUGCAAGAUUAGGUUCUGUGUCUCACUUAUUAUAUCUAUCAUUGUAUUACUAUAGAACAGGGAGAUUCGAGAAAACACUACACAUCACUUAUAGCACUAAAAAAAGACUAUCGCAGGCCUUUAUUAUGUAUUAUGAAAUUGUUAAUAGGGAAAUGUAUAAUGAAACUGGAGGUAAUCUGCCUUUGUCUCGAAGAAUGAAUAUAGCCUGGGUGGAUGAUGUGUUGUUAGUUCAAAAUAUCCCCUUUAUUGAAGAAUUGUGUUUAGAACAGUAUGUGAGUCAACAAAGUGGAGAGGCAUUCUUAAUUGUGUCACCGUUUGUAAUGGUAGAGAUGUUGUCAGUGUUAUCUCACUACAGACUAGGCAAUAGAACUCAGUGUUUACAGUCACUGACAGACCUACAGACAUUGCUGCUUUAUGAUGAUUGGACAUAUGUUCCUUUAACAUGUUCCUUCAAAGACAUAUGCUGGCAGAUACUAGGGAUCUCGCAGCAUAUUGUUGGAGACUUACACGGGGCGUUACGGUCUUAUGAAGAGUCGCUCAGACAGAUACCAGAUCACAAAAUAAAAGAAGCCACAGUGUUUAGAAUAGAAUGUGUUAAACAACAACUACAGGAAAAUAUACACAUGUGA